UUGAAAUUAGUUUCUUAUUACUUGAAACACACUUAAACAUGAUGUUAGUUAUUAAUUAAAGGAAAGAUAUUAAAUUUCCUAUGUAAUUAUUAAAACAAUAUUGCGUACAAGAGCUUUGAUCAACUGUGAAAAUCUAAUAUAAUUUUCUUUCAUACAAAUUCCCAUUUAAAAGAUCCUAGUAUAUGAUUUAUCGAGGACUUAUAUAAAUCCAAUAAUGAACCAGUUGCGACAUAUUUUAAAAGCGUCUUUAUCGAUGAUGCUUUGGAGCUAUACGAACAGCUGAAUCAAAAAUGAUUUUCGUCUGGCUUGGAAUAUUUUUGUAUUUGAGAACUGCCUUUGCAGAACGACAGAAUAUUACGAUAGGAGUUAUUGUAGCUGACGGAGAUAAGCUGCCCUUUGCCAUUUAUCGCACGGGACCAGCUAUUGAGAUGGGGAUGGAAAAACUGCAGGAAAUUUUGGAGGAGGAAGCAAAUAUCACCUUCAUUCUCAGAGUGCCCCAGGCCCAGUGUGUGGCAGACAAGGUCGGCGCGAUAGCGGCGGAAAUGUACUAUGUAGGGAAUGUGUCGGCUUUUAUUGGACCUGGCUGUAGCGCUGCAGUGGAUGUGGUCGGGAGAAUGGCCAGUUACUGGAAUUAUCCCAUUCUAACUCCAGUCGGUACCAACGAAGAUCUCGGCGACAAAGGAGAUUUUAAGACUCUCACGAGGCUUGCCUACAACUAUGUACAGUUAGGACGAUUUUAUAGAUACGUUUUCAAAGAGUUUAAUUGGACCGACAUUACUGUUAUGUAUGAUUUGAUGGGCAAACGCACUCUACCGAGUAGGGUCCUGAACAGAAUUGUUGGCGAAAACUUACAAGUGGAAUUUGAAAAAGCGGGGCUAAGAUCGACACUCCUGAAGUUUGUAUCUGAUUCGGAACAAGAUUACCAAGAACUUUUGACCACUGCAAGCACAACAUCAAGAGUGUUUGUGAUAGCAUGUGACAGUGUCGCCCUCCGAGAACUGAUGGUAGUGGCUCACUCCCGAGGGAUGACGAACGGCGAGUACGCUUUUGUGUUUUAUGAGGCAUUUCGAGGAGAUGGCAAUGGGGAUAUUUCCUGGAGCCAAUCGGACGAAAAUGAUGGAAUUGUGAAGAAAGCAUACGAAUCGUUGUUUGUUGUCAGUCUGUUUAAACCAGCAAGUAAUGAGUUCAGAACUUUUGAAUCAAAGGUGAAAAACAGAUCCAUGGAGCUUUACAAUUUUAGCUUUGAUGACCGAGGUUAUGAGGUAAACCCUUAUGUUACAGCGUUCUACGAUGCGUUCACUAUCUACGGACAAGCCCUCAAAGAAACUCUUCAAGCUGGAGAAGAUUACAAAGACGGGGAAGUGAUAAAGAGCAGAAUAUGGAACAGGACUUUUCAUGGGGUUAGUGGAGAACUUCUUAUCAAUGCUAACGGGGACAGAGAAAUGGAUAUGAUGCUUCUAGAUAUGAAUCCAUAUUCAGGCGAAUUCCAGGCAGUAGGAUAUUUUUAUGGAUCAAAGGGAAGAUUUGAAUUCGACUCUAAUGUUCCCAUACACUGGCCGAACAACAAGGGUCCACCAGCCAACAGACCUCGAUGUGGCUUUACUGGAGACGCACCUGAAUGUAAAAUCACAGAGUUUCCUUUGGUUGGAAUCAUAUCUAUUGUGUUCUCAGGUGUGAUACUUAUCCUGGUAUUAUCUGUUUUAAUUGUAUACAGGAGAAUGAAAAAUGAGUCAGAAUUGUGCAGCAACUGGUGGCGGAUCCCCUGGGAGGAGAUCACGUGGGUUUCUUCUGGUAAAAGCGAAACCUCCAGUUUAGGGUUUUCUGUGUCAAAGCUGAAGUCCUUGUGUGAAGAUGAAAUGAGCUUGAUUAAAUACAGAAACUCUUUGGUGGCCACAUACAAGGGGGCGAAAGUGUCUCUUUUCAAACUUAAUACGAGUGCAUUACCUACCACAAGAGAGUUCCUUUUAGAUUUAAUACAGCUUAGAAACAUAAAUUGUAACAACUUGACAAAAUUUAUCGGACUUACUGAGAGUGUAUCGGGUAUUUAUGCCGUGAAUGAAUAUUGUACACGUGGAGAUUUAAGGGAUAUUUUGAGUAACGAUUCUUUCACAUUGAACUGGGAAUUUCGAGCAUCCUUAAUCUGUGACAUAAUUCAGGCAAUGGACUAUAUUCAUAGCUCCAACAUGAAAUACCACGGUCAUCUCACUAGUAUGAAUUGUGUGAUCGACAGCCGCUUUGUUUUAAAAGUUACAGAGUUUGGAAUACAAACUCUUAGAGAUUUUUAUAUAGAUAUUACGGAUAAAGAUGCUCUUUUGGUUGCCCCUGAGUUGCUUCGUAAACCUAAAGCUGAGAGGGACGUUCCGGAGAUGCAGUGUGCUGAUAUUUACAGCUUUGGCAUCAUCCUGUACGAAAUACUGUCACGUAAAGAGGCAUUUGAGGACGACAAAGAGUUCCUAUCCUUCGAUGAGAUCAUUAGAAAGCUAAAGGAGGUUGAUGAAACACCAUUCCGUCCAAGAUUAGAUGUUGCUGAUGCUGACAAGGAAAUGGUUAAUUUAAUGAAAGCUUGCUGGAAUGAAAAUCCGAAAGCUAGGCCAACAUUUACCACAAUAAAAAAAGAAGCUUCAAGAUUGCACUGGGAUAAAACUGGUGACAAGUUUUUGGAUAAUCUUCUGUCCCGGAUGGAAGAAUACGCUAAUAAUUUAGAAGACUUAGUGGAAGAGAGGACACAAGCAUUUUUAGAGGAAAAAAGGAGAUCCGAGGAGCUGCUUUACCAAGUUCUACCAAAGUAUGUCGCAGAUGAACUGAGAAAUGGUCGAACGGUUGAUCCUGAGGCGUUUGGUUGUGUUACGAUAUACUUCAGUGAUAUUGUCGGAUUUACGUCCCUUUCAUCAGAGAGUACUCCUAUGCAGGUAGUCGAUCUGUUGAAUGAUCUUUACACCUGUUUUGAUAAGAUCAUAGAAAACUAUGAUGUAUACAAGGUGGAAACAAUUGGUGAUGCAUACAUGGUCGUGUCUGGUCUUCCAGUUCGUAACGGCGACAAGCAUGUCGUGGAAGUAGCCAAGAUGUCUACUGCUAUAUUAGAUAAUGUAAAAAUGUUUAAAAUACGUCACAAGCCGAAUGAAAAAUUACGUGCCCGUAUAGGGUUACAUUCAGGUCCCGUUUGUGCUGGUGUUGUUGGACGAAAAAUGCCUCGAUAUUGUCUGUUUGGAGAUACAGUUAACACUGCCUCUCGAAUGGAGUCAAAUGGGGAGGCAAUGAAAAUCCACGUAAGUGAGUCGACCAGAAACCUUCUUGUGGACAAUCAAGACUUUGAGCUAGAGGAAAGGGGACAUAUAACCGUAAAGGGCAAAGGUGUAAUGAAAACAUACUGGUUAAAUCGAAGAAACGGAAUCCAGCUGAUCUAAAUUAUUCUUGGAAUCUGACUGAUCAACAUAUUUCUGUUUCAUAACGAAUUCAUGUUUAUAAUUUUCAAACAUCUAUAUGAUAAUCUUUUGAAGUUCAUCUAAAACAUUUGUAAUUUACAUUUCUUUCUUUUUGUAUUUCAUUUAAUAUGUAUAAUAUUUUACAAUGAUUGUUAUUGCUGUUAUAAACCCAUUUAUUUUUGCAA